CUGCAGGCGGACAGAUUAGAGCAGGAAGACAUAUUUGCAUUUACAAGAAGUAGCUGAUUGCCCUUAAGGGCUGCUUUACACUGCUGCGAUGCGGGAACCCUGCAAAUCUAGUUCAGAGGAUGGUGAUACAUGGGGAGUACUCAGAAUGGUCAGGGGUUGUCCGAGGAUGGAUCCUGAAAACAAAGACAACAUUGUCCUAGGGGAAGAGAAAUUCCGAUACUUCUGUUUAGAGUUUGUGAAACAUUCCCAAAGUGUAGGAGAUGGCUGGGAGUGGAAACAUGUCCAGAUGCAGGGAAGUGAUGAUGGAUACUUGAGUAAAACUUGCUACCAGACAAGAUCUCUCAGUUCAGAGAGCAGCCAAUGGAAGAAGAGCGAAGAAGAGGAAGAGAAAACUUCUGCUGUUACUGUGGAUGGUUUCCACGAGGAAGAGGAUGAGAGCUUGGUUAUACCACAGGAAGCUCAGGAAACAGAAGUGAUUCACUAUGAAUAUCACGUCCUGUACUCCAUCAGCUACCAAGUCCCUGUACUCUACUUCAGAGCCAGCUUCUUGGAUGGAAGACCUCUGACACUGGAAGAAAUAUGGGAGAGAGUUCAUGAUUGCUAUAAGCCUCGACUUCUGCAUGGACCAUGGGAAACAAUCACACAGCAGGAACAUCCAAUACUUGGACAGCCAUUUUUUAUGCUUCACCCAUGUCGGACCAAUGAAUUCAUGUCCUCUGUUAAAGGAGCCUCAAACAGAGAAGGAAAUUAUAUCACAACCUGGUUAAGUACAGUAGGACCUGUUGUAGGAAUAUCUUUACCAUUAAGUUUUGGGAAAACUGUAUAAAGGGUGGCCCUCUAUGUUGUACACUGAAGAGUCUGCUUAUCCUUCCAUGCCUGAACCCAACUCCUGGGAAAUCAGUUUCUACUGUACACCCUAAUGCACUGGUUAUUAUCUUACAGACUAUUGGAUGCUUAUACAGAGAACUACACACAGAGCUGUAAUCAACACUUGGCCAAUCUGACUUUUUUUUUACAGACAUUGGACUGAACCCAAAUGAAGCACAACAGAUGUUAAGAUGUGUGCUGCAAGGCCAUGCAAACAUGUCCAUUGUGAUAUAUUCAUUGGGAGAUGCUGUGUAAACAUUUACAGAUUAAAUACAAAUUAAGUUAAUUCAAUAGAA